AUGCAACGAAAAGAAGGAUCUUUUCACCAUGCAGUGUUCUUGAUGAUCGAAGACGGUCACCAAGUCACGCAAGAGUACGUUCUUAAGAUUCCUGCACAUGGUACACGAGGUGAAUGGCAGAUCAACGAUAACGUAGCUCUGAAGAGUGAGGCUCAGCUGAUGCAACACAUCUGGCAUCACACAAACUGUCCCGUGCCAGAGGUUAUCGCAUAUGAUGGGAGUCUCGAAAAUGCGAUAGGCGCACCAUACAUUCUCAUGAAGAAAAUGGACGGCAUCUCUGCAAUGGACAUGUGGAUCAGUCAGCCCUACAGAACGACGAUCAGCACAGAAGUACACCUAAAUGCCGACAAUCCUUUACCGGAGUUAGAACAGAAGCGCAUUGCGUUCCUGCGCUCUCUUGCGCGAGCUAUGAGCGAACUUGCGCCGCUGGAGUUUAAGUAUACUGGUAUGCCUUCCUUCUCUGACCCGAAAGAUAAGCAGCCGAGUUACAUUGGUCCAUUUUGGCGAUGGCAUACAAAGACUGUCAUGGAUAAGUUUGCAUCUGAAGGGUCAUUCGAUACCAGCGAAGCCUUCUUCACCGCUGGGAUAGAUAGGGUGAAUAGUGCGGAGCGUAGCUCAUCGUCUGGUACCCACGAUGUGGCGAAGAUUGGUGUUUGGAUAGUGAUGAGAAUGGUGAUGUCCUCGGCUCCGUUUGCAACAACAGAGUCAUCGCAUAGUAAGCCAAUUCAAAGCGAAGACGUUAGCAACGGCGUACCCAUACGCGAAACAUUCGUCCUUCAGCACGACGAUCUCGAUCUCCAGAACAUCCUGGUAGACGAAAAUGGCAACGUUACUGGUAUAAUUGACUGGGACGGGUGCGCAGCCGUGCCACACUGCCUUGGUUAUGCUUCAAUGCCCACGUUUCUCCGACGCGACUGGCUCCCAAACUAUGACAUAUCACGGCUACCACAUCUGUCCUGGUCGCUGGAUCGCUACCGAGAAUUGUACGCCCAAGCUAUGCAAGAAGUUUGCAAGUCUUCGGACGCGAAGUACACGCGCAAGUCGCCCAUGUAUCAACUGGUAUCAGCUGCACUGGAUAAGGAUGCUGAGUGGAUUGAUGUUGUUGAGGCGCUGCUGCACGAUAUGCCAGAGUUUAGACGUGUUGAUGCGCAUGCGUUUUGCCGGAGGCUGGGGCAUGGAUGGCCGGCUGCAGAAGAGGCGUUAAAGGCAAAGAUCACAGAAUGGUUGAAGCCUCAGUGA